AUGUCGAUUUUAUUAAAUUCGGGAAGCGCUAAACAAUAUUUAAGUGCCGUUAAACAAUUGUUACCUCAAAAUGUACAACUUACAUUAACACAAAAGGUCAUAAUUGUUUCGAUUUCGACUAGUGUUGUGUUUAUCGGUGUUCUUGCAAGACUUUUACGUCGUAAAAAGAAUGUCGUGGACCCCUCAAAACUACCCAGAAAUAUUUUUAAUGGUAAACUUUCGAGGAUACCAGGAAUGAGAAGCCCCUUUCCAGAUAUGGGAAGUGUGGCAAGCAGUGGAAGACGUAGUGGAACAUAUAGUGUAACUGGAGACAGACUGCACCGACAAGGCUCAAUUAUAGCAAGUGGAAAAGCUUCAAUAGCUUCUGGAAGUGUAGUUAGUAAUGGUUUACCAAUUCCUGAAGGCUUGAAUACUUCAAAUUUAACACCACAGCAGCUUGGAGUAAUGGGUAUGGAAGCCUUAGAAACAUGUAUAGGCUACUGGGAGGACGCUCUGGCAGCCUAUCGCAAUACCAAAGACGGUGGUCAAACGCUACCCGUUCUCGGCCCCGAAGAAACUGCCUUCUGCAAGGAUUUACAGCAACUCUUAGAAUACGCCAUAGAGCUGCAAGAGAAUUCAGAAAUGUUAUUCUUAGACGAAAUGUCCAUAUUGUUCAGAUCUGAAAGUGGAGUACGGGAAGAGACGCCGGGAAAAGAUUUGAAUUUAUCAGAAGGAGAGAGCUUUGCGUCUGCGCAAGAUAUGGUGGCAGAUCUUCGAGAAUUUGAAGAAUUUUCAGAAUACUUUCCGGAUUUAGAAUCCCAUCCUCUAUACCAGAGCGCCUUGAGGCAAGUAGAAAAUGGAGGAAUCCCGUGUAGGACUCUCAGAACGGAAAUAGUGAAAUGUGGCUCAGACGGCGAGUAUUUAGCGAAACUACAUUGCCUCCGGCUGGCAUUCCAGCACAUGCUCAGAGAUAGAAUGACAUACAAUUGGUUCGUUGACGCUGGCAGGCAGAUAUUGGCGGACUUGCUUCUGUACGCUGAUAAGGAUCCUAAAGAUUUUUUAAUAGGUUACGAGCAAAUGCUUAAAUACACACAGGACGCCCAAAAUUGGCGUGAUGUAGAAGAGGAACUAAGCGCUAGAGGAAUCAAAGCUUUGACAUUCUUCGACAUUGUUUUAGACUAUAUUUUGAUGGACGCGUUUGAGGAUCUAAAUAACCCUCCUUCGUCUGUUACAGCUGUAAUACAGAAUCGCUGGCUAUCCAAAGGUUUCAAAGAAACUGCUUUGACUACUGCCGUUUGGUCGGUGCUGAAGGCGAAAAGAAGAAGAUUAAGGUUUCCAGACGGAUUUAUGGCUCAUUUUUAUACGAUAUCCGAACAACUUUCUCCUUUACUGGCGUGGGGCUUUCUUGGCUCCGACGAAAUGCUCAAAGAAACUUGUGUAUAUUUCAAAGAUCAGGUUAUCGAUUUCUUAGUAGAUAUUUUCAAUUUCCACAAAUGUAAAUAUACCUCAGUAGAAGAUUUGUCGAAAGAUGUUUUUGUUCAUCUCAGAAUAAGAGUUGAAAACGUCUGCCAGCGGUUAAGUGUCCAGUCCUAA